AGUCCAUCUAGGGCAGCUCCAUCCAAGGUACCUUCUGCUUUCAACGAGCAGAACCCUCCCUCCCUCACUUUGUCGCACGCCAUCCUCGCCGUACCGACAUGCCUCCACCGUCCAACACCACAAGCAUUCGACAAUGCGACACGACAUGAUGGAACAACGCAGUCCUCCCGAAUUCAUCCUCGAUGCCUUCGCCGACCCGGCCUCCGUCCGCGACGUCGUCAAAGGCAUCCUCCACACCAUCUUCUUCCACCGCUACUUCCCCGCCCUGACCCCGCGCACCCGUCCCGUCCUGGACCUCACCCUCCCCUUCGUCGACGACGUCGAGCUCGAAACCAUGAUCGAGCAACGCACCACCGCCCUAGCCCGCCAACUCGAGUCCCCCGAACACCAAUCCACCACCCCGCCGCGCCCCGGCUCCAGCGGCAGCGGCGGGGGCGGCGGCCGCGGCCAGGUCACCGUCCAAUUCUUCGAGAAGAAGCGCCGCAAGGCCUGGCUCGUCGCCCGCGGCGACGACGAGGUCUGCUGGGAGAACUGGACCGUGCGGGUCACCGUCGCCGAGCCCCGGACCGAGAGCGAACGAGCCAAAGUCCGCAGGGCAAUGGAACAGACCCUCCUCACCACCGUCAUGAAGAUCGUCACCUACGCCAACGCGCACAAGGACCACAUCCCUCCCAUCACCGCCCAGGGCUCGAACCCGUUCCCCUACCAGAUCAGCCUGAAUCACAAGGAGAACACGGGGUGGGCGACACGGAUAGGUAUAUACUGACGAUACAACGAACGCCAUUGCAUCUGUUCCACGACGGGCCUUUUUCUUUCGAUAGACGAACGGACUAGCGAACUCGAAGCGGGCGACCUUUUUUUCCAUGAUUCAUCCAAGCGGCCAAUUUGGGGGGAGGGUUUUUGUUUUUUAGAAGAAGAGAGUAUUCGGGGAUUGGGAGGCGAGGGGAUGAUUACGCUGUGCUUUUCUGAGGGUUCUGACUGCGGCGUUGGGUGCGCUUGUUCAAGUCGAGUUUUGGUCUGAAAGCAGGGCUGAGGGUCCUGCGCCUUGUGUCUUUGUCUGGUUUGGGAUCUCCUCAUAGACCUCUCAUUA